UUGGACCUCCCGGUCGGGAAUCACGCUUUAUUGAAGGCAAUUCGCUGGAGUCGAAAUCGCAGACGCAAGACAAGCGAAACCCAGCAAAAGGUUCUGAACAGGGGCCUGACUUUUGUACCGACUGCAAAACUCCAUAACGAGCAGACUGAGAGGGACAUGAAUAAGUUCUAUUGGAGACUGGUACUCGGCGACUAUUUUGGUGAGUCAGAACUUAGAAAGACCCCUUUCACCCCUCCCUCAGACUGGAUGCCCAAAAGAAGGUACAGGUCCGAAGCUAUUCUAGAAUUCAAGAGCACACUGGGUGAGAUAAUAGAGAGGGAGAGGGAAGUACAGGGUAAGCCCAAUCUAACUAGGAAGGAGAGAGCAGCCCUAACAGAGCUGAGGCAAAGCAUGGACAUUGUUAUGAAACCUGUGGAUAAAGGGAGCAGCAUAGUUAUCAUGGACAAACAGCAAUACCUAUUUGAAGCACACAGACAAUUAAACAACACGGAGCACUACACGAAACUAAAGGAGCUCAUAUACUGGGAAACACACACGGAAAUUAGGAAUAUUUUGCAAGAACUGGAAAGGGCUGGGUACCUCAAAGGGAAGCUAGUGGAGUACCUGACAGGGAUACAGCCACGAGCAAGAAAGUUUUAUAUCCUUCCCAAAAUACACAAGAACCCAGACUCAUGGACUGCACCGGGAGAAAUUCCACCCGGCAGACCCAUCGUGUCAGACUAUAGCAGUGAGUCAUACAGGAUAGCGGAGUUCAUUGAUGCCAGCCUUACUCGACUCUCGCAGAAACACCCCAGCUACAUCAAGGACACGUAUCACUUUGUCAGUGAUAUGACAUUCCAGGUCAGUGCCCCCUGAGGCCAUACUCUUCACCAUGGACAUAGAAAGCCUGUACACCAAUAUCGAAAUGGACAGGGGUAUAGAGGCAGUGAGGGACAUCCUACGGAAGAACCCUCAGCCAGGGAGAUCAGACGAGGCCUUGCUAGAACUCCUUCACCUCAGCCUGACUAAAAAUGACUUUGAAUUCGAUGGUAAAUUCUACCUACAGGUCAAGGGCACAGCAAUGGGAAAGAAGUUUGCUCCAGCCUAUGCCAAUAUAUACAUGGCUUGGUGGGAGGAAACAGUCUAUCCAAAUUGUCUGAAAAAACCCAUGUGUCUCUAUCGAUACCUGGAUGACAUCUGGGGAGUGUGGACACACUCAAAGGGGGAGCUAGAGGAAUUUAUUCAAAUCCUAAACACUCA